AUGGAAGCUCAAGGCUCUGCAGCUAGCGGGCAACGACGGCAUGAGUAUCUGGUCGGCAUAGCCCUGCUCAUGCUCGUCGUCCUUCUCUGGACAGGUGAGGAGUCUGGACUGCAAUGUCUUCUGUCAGACCAUCCGCGCUCACACCUCGUGGAGUAUUUGCGCCUUCAUCGCCGCACCCUCAGCGAGCAAUUUCCUGACGAAUACCAUCUUGACCGGCUCGUACAACAAACCCUUUGCCGUCACAUACCUCAACACCUCCUCGUUUGCCAUUGUGCGUGAACGCUAUUCUUCCUCUGGGCCGCGCGCUGUGCUGAGCGUACUUUCAUUUUCGAACAGUAUCUGAUACCAUUCACGUGCCUUCAUCGGGCCCGGAGGCGCAACACGAGCAGCUACUUCCCCAAAGACGAGACAGAAUCGUCGUUCUGGACUCGCAUUGGAUUUUACAUUCCUCAAAGCGACUCUUCCGCACCAGAAGAUCACAGGUGAGGCUGACUACGCUUUUGAAAGGCAAAUCACGCGUCUGACCUUGUCUUACGUGCGGAUGCUAGAGGCCGGUACGCUCCUUUGCCAAGCGUGCACUCGGACUCCAGCGAGAGGCGCUCGGCCAGACCUCCCUCUCCAACCAGGCGCCGCAGCCAUCUGAGCGCACCACGUCCAAGCAGCAUCGAUGGACGCAGACCUCGAUCGCUGCUGGAGUCUCGACAUGCUACCGAUGUGUCUCGUCAACAACCCGCAGACGCUCCUCUCUCGCUCCGAGAGACUGCGAUCUUGGCCUUUCAAUUCACAAUCGUCUGGUUCGGCGCCAAUUGGUCACUCAAUGCUGGACUCGGCCUGACAAGCGUAGCCAGCGGUACAACGCUCAGCUCAGCAAGCGGUGAGUCUGCUCGCAAUAGCCUACAUCCAAGACUGAGAGCAGCUUGUUGAUCCAGUCGUUCAUCGUGCCUAGGCUUCUUCACGCUGGCUCUUGGCAGCCUUCUUGGGGUCGAGACCUUCACGCUGCCCAAGUUGGCAGCAGUGCUCAUAUCUUUCGUCGGCGUCGCCAUGGUCACGCGGGCCGACAGCGCGUCGCCUCUUGCCCACGACGUCAUCUCCCAUUCCAUUAACGCACUUUUGGGCGACGCGCUCUCCCUACUCUCAGCUUUGCUGUACGCCGUCUACGUCACUCUGCUCAAAGUUCGGAUAGGCUCAGAAGAAAGAGUAAGCAUGCCCCUGUUCUUUGGCUUCGUCGGAAUCUUCAACAUUCUCGGCAUGUGGCCCGUCGGCGUUCUCUUACAUCUGAUCGGCGUCGAAAGAAUCGAGCCUCCUAGCGAAGUGUCAACCUGGGCAGGCAUCGGCGUCAACAUGGCCAUUACUUUCGUCUCGUGAGCAUUUCAAUGGGUCGAAAGCGAAUUGAAACGCUCCGAAACGCUCCGAGCUCACGCAGGAUCCCUACCUGCUCAGUGAUUUCGCGUACCUUCUGGCCAUGCUAAAGUCAUCGCCACUAGUCGCUACGAUCGGUUUGUCGCUUACCAUCCCUUUGGCACUCGUCGGUGACCUAGUUCGCGGGACCCAUUCCGGAGGCUGGUUAGGUGAUAUUGGGAGCGUCUGUGUGCUUGUGAGUACUGCUCGUAGCUGUCCUCCUACAUCACGCCUGCUUCACUGACGCGCUUGUCCCGCUUGUGGUCUCCUUAGCUGAGCUUUGUGGCCAUUGGAUUGGCAGACCAUGCACUCAUUUCAAGAGAGGCUCCUGCAUCACAUCUUCCCAUCGCCGGUCGGCAUCUCGCUUCGGAGUAG